GCCAUCGUCCCAGGAUGCGACACCUUUAUUCACAACAACUUUCGACUUUGCAAGAAUUCAUCCGACGAUCCAGGACGCUCUAUUCGGACUUCUGAUUUCCUUACAGAACAUAGCCGACUACCCAAGAUGCCCCAAGACCCAAACCUUUACGGCCAACGGCCAGCCAAACGGCAGAAGAAAGAGAUCGCACUUUCCAGCUCCCUCGCUUUCACAUCGCAACUGGCAUCUCUGCUCUCCACGCCAUCUACCUCCACGGCAUCCGCAACUGCCGGCCGGGCUCGUCCAUCAAAGAUUAAAGACGAUUUGUUCUCGGUAAAGGCAAAACGGAAAGCCCCUAAAUCCAAUGAUGGGGGCGCAAAGCUUACCCUGAGGGAGACGAACGGCACGGAAGAGGAGAAACAAGACUUUUCGCGCGGAAAGCGGAAGAUGGAAGAGAAAGCACGUUUAUAUGCCGCCAUGAAGCGCGGGGACUACAUUGCGAAAGAAGGCGAGACAGCGCCGUUGGUGGAUUUCGACAAGAAAUGGGUUGAAUCGCAUCCCGACGAUACGAAUCAACACUCAAGCUCAGGGACCGACGAUUCCGAGGACGAGGGGUCUACAGAGAUUAUUGAGUUCAAGGACGAGUUCGGACGCACGCGACGCGGUACAAGGGCCGACCUGGCACGGCAGGAGAGAAUGGCUCAGAGGAGGGCACUCGGGGCUGAAGAACUGGAACGCUUGAGUGCGAGGCCCAAGGCGCCCGAGAAGCUGAUUUAUGGCGACGAGAUCCAAACCCAUGCCUUCAACCCCGAAGACGAAACGUGGGACAAGAUGGAACAGUUGGCCGCCAAGAGAGAUCGUACACCUACUCCUCCGCCGGACCUGCACUAUGACGGGAACCACGAGAUCAGGACAAAAGGUGUGGGCUUUUACCACUUUAGCAAGGAAAAGGAGGCCAGGGAUGCCGAAAUGGUGGCCUUGGAUAAGGAAAGGGAUAAUACGGAGCGCAUCAGACGGGAGAGGGAAAUGGAGAAGGAACGAAGGCGAAAGGAGAUCGAGGAGCGGAGACGCAAGAUCGGCGAGAAGAGGGCGGAGAAGAUGGCUGAUAACUUCCUGGAAGGGCUGGCUGGAGAAUUGGUUUCUAGCUCUGUGAGGAAGGAACCGAGUGAGGAGGCUUGAAUAGUCCUGGCUCCUCAGUAACUGUCCCUUCUCCUUUUUGAGGCGUCCGACUGUACUUCACCACGGUGGCUUCAAACUCUAUGAAGCUGGAUCAACCAAAGAACCCAAUCUUCUAUAGAUGACACGUCGUCAACGAGGCAUUGUAGAUUAUUGCAAUAGCAUGCGCUUCCUCCUCGAAACCA